GGAGAGGCUGGAGAGGGAGAGGCUCCGUCAGUGGAUGUGACACGCUUACAAAUAGAUUGGAAAACAAGCCAGGGAGCGGCUGUAAACCAUGUACAGGCAUCAGGGACACAUUUAACGCGUUUGUUUAGAUUUUAAACCGUCUUUGUUCCGCCCGUAGUUUCUCUCAGAUUGGUGAGAUCAUGGUGGAGCAGUCGGACCGAGCCCCGCUGCUAGAUUGGGAGGAGAUCCCACGUCCAGACCCGACCAAGGCGGCUUCCCCACAACGAGACGCAGCAGCGGAGAAAAGUUCGCAGGCGCCAGUGCGUCCACAUGGGUGCAUUGCGGUGGACUCUACCGUCACCUGCACUCCGAAGGGUGGGACUGUGGUUCGUAUCGUGGAGCAAAAUCCGGCCCGUCCUCUUCUUGAGCCCCGUGGGCAUCGGAGGGAGCAUCCGUGCUACCACAGCAGAGAUCGCAAAGAUGCUCAUUUCCCCGUGCUGGCACUGAGAGACCAGUGGGAGGAAAAGGAUCAGAUUGUGGCCGUUUUUGUAGUUACCUUUGAUACAAGAUCAGGGAACAUGGUGGAGUGGUGUUUGCCUCAUGACAUAAGUCUGGAUGGGGUUGAGUUCAAGUCGAUGGCCAGUGGUUCUCAUCGCAUCACUAAUGAUUUUAUAUAUUUCCGUAAAGGCUGUUAUUUUGGACUUGCUUGUUUUGCCAACAUGCCAGUGGAGAGUGAGCUGGAGAGAGGAGCCAGGAUGAAGUCUGUAGGAAUACUGUCUCCUUCAUACACUCUGCUGUAUCGCUAUAUGCACUUCCUUGAAAACCAAGUCAGACACCAGCUGAAGUGCCCAGGCCAAUACUCUCCACUAGAGGCAUUCUAUGAGGACAAGAAAGCUGUCCUACCUCAAAAAGGAAAUGGCCUUGUCAAUGCCUGUCCAACCUGGAGUGUAACUAACGUAAACCGUUGCAUGCACCCUGAAAUGAAGAUUACACACCCAGCUGGCUGCAUGUCCCAGUUCAUCCAGUUUUUCGGCGAGCAUAUUAUGGUGCUGUGGAAGUUUGCUCUGCUAAGAAAACGUCUUCUCAUCUUUUCCCCUCCACCUGUAGGUGUGGUCUGCUACAGAGUGUACUGUCUUUGCUGUCUGGCUAACAUCUCAAUACCUGGGAUUGGAGUGUCUGUUCCAGAGUUACGGCCUUUCUUCUAUGUCAAUAUAGCUGACAUCCCUGCCCUGGAAACUGAAAUGUCAUAUGUGGCUUGCACGACAGAAAAAAUAUUUGAGGAGAAAAAGGAGCUGUAUGACGUUUACAUUGAUAACCAGAAUGUAAAAACACACAGAAGCCACCUCCAGCCACUGCUGCGAGUCAAUGCAGCUGAUAAAGAGAAGUACAGGAAACUCACGGAGCAAAGGCAAAUGCUGCUGUACUCACAGGAGAUUGAUGCUGACUGCACCUCAAAUGAAGAGGAUCUUUUUAUUCUGUUCUUCAUGGAGCUGAAUAACCGCAUUUUUCAGACACUUUCAGAGGUGGCAGGCAGUGUCGACCCUACCCUCACCUCUGAGCAUGUGAGGGCCAUGGGGCUGGAUCCUCAGGGGGACCACUCAUUUCUGAUGGACCUACUGGAGGUCUAUGGUAUGGACAUAACACUGGUCAUAGACAAUUUGUGCUGCACAUGAGUCUUGUUCAAUCUGGGAAAAAAAAGCUUUGGGAGGUACUGGAUACUCGUGCCUUUUAUGGCCAAUGCACCAAGACACUGACGACACUGCCUCCUCCCCAGGUCUUAUAUAUGUUGCCUACUGGGUGGUCUAUUACCCUAUCUGUGUUUGAUCAGACUCAUGGACACUGUUUGUACGUGGUGAGUUAACAAUGGAUCGACUGUCUUGGCCUUUCAUCUCACAGUCAUGCAAUACGGUUAUUGACAAGAGUUGUUUUUUGUAUGCACUUCUAUGGCACCUGAAAAGCACUGGAAGCUGAUCUCUUAUUCCCACUUGAUUUCGCACAUGUUCAAAGAGUUUAAUAUUACAUUGUGCUCCAGCAGCAUAGUCCUAAAGCCUUCAUAAAAUGCAAAUAUAGAUACAUUUUAUAUAGAUACAAGUUAAUGCAAUAUCAUAGGGGCUUUUUUAUGUUCCCCUUAUACUAUUUUGUCAGCAUUAGGUUUUAUCAUGUAUCACAUUUGCCUUGUUGAAAAGGUAUCAAUAGAAAUAGAAUUGAUAACCAACAAUUUAACUAAUUGACUAACAUUGUAUUUUGCUGAAAUGGUUCUACUUUUUGUUUUGUUUAUUUUAGGUGGUCAGAUAAUUUUUCUUUAGCUAGGAGCAUACAGAUAUUUUAUUAUUUAAUGCACUUUUUUGGAAAGUGUAAUUAUGUCAUAUAUGUGAGGGCACUGGAGAUGGCUACAUGUUUAAAUGUUUAUAAUUAGUGAAGACUUGUGGAUGUCUUUUACCUGUUCAAUGAAUGUGAAGUUAUAACUAACCUUUCACAAAUGCUGCACCAUGUCUGACACUGGACUGUUUCCUAUUAUACACCGUGUUUGUAUAUUGUUGGGUGAGGAUGUCAUUUAGCCAGCAAGUUUAUUCUAAAGUAGGUGAAAUAUGCAGGAAAAAAGUCUGACCUGUUGAAAGCAUUUGGGGCAUUCAAACGCUCUUGAGAGAGAAGUCUUCCACUUGUCUCUUUGGCAAAUAUGUAUGAUAACAAUAACAGCAAGAGUAAAAGUUUAAGUCCUCCUUCAUUGGCUAUUAGACAGGGAGGCAGUCUGCUGUGUUCUGAGCAUCUGAUUCAAAGCGGCUCUGCAGUGUAUAGUACACCCAGAUGAAACUCAAAAUGUAAUGGCUAGUUUUGAGCCAGCUAUCUAUUCUUAUGGAUUUUUAAAUGAUCUCUAGAAUGCAUAAUUAAUGUGCAGAAGGAAGUCAAUGUAAUUAUGUCAAUACAUAUUUCAUAAGCUGGGAAAGGCAGAAUUUUAUAAAGAUUUAUAGAAUGGUUUCUGGGAGGGUCAGUGAAAAGUGCACUAAAAGCUGUAUAAAGAAAUGGGUGUUUAAGCUUUACUUCAAAUGGGGCCUUAUGGAAACGUGACAUUUGUUAUUGUGUGUGUCUUUGUUAAAAGGAUUUAUUCUUUUUAAAUACUAUCCAAUAAUAUUUGGAUUGGUAGGUUUAUAAUUCCGCUAAUAUGUUCUCCCAUUUUAGUGUUUGCCUUUUGAAGAUUUGCAUAUACUGUUAAAAUCACUGGACUAAACACUAAGUGGAGACAUUAACACAUUUCAGCUUAGAUAAGUAGUAGUUCACUGAAUGUCAUAGAAAACAACCACAUUACAUAGUCAGCACAGUGGUCUUAGCACUUCCAAAAUCCACAAAUAAAUCCAUAUCCACACAUCAAAGAGCUGUCUGAGUUGUCAGUAAUGUAAACUGAGGUCAGAGCAUGAGCAUAUGUUAAGUAAACAGUACUGCCAUUGUGAAACAAUAAAACAUUGUUACAGUCAAGAGUGUCAA